AUUGAGUUGUUCGACUCAGGUGCCUCGCGCCACAUGUCGUCAUACAGAGACCUAUUCCAGGAUUUUGUUAGUAUCACACCAAAACCUAUUACAACAGCAGACCGACACACCUUUGAGGCCACAGGCAAGAGAAACAUUCAAAUUACCUUGCCAAACGGUCAGUCUCAGACACACAUAUUGCUA